AUGCUAAAUGGACGACUGAUAAACACAUUCAUACAACCUUCUUCACGAAGGCUCUGCUUUAGCCGUAGACUUUUCGUAACGGCAGAGUCGGGCUUUAAGGGUCUUCUAGCCAACGAUGACAUUCUCUUCCCUAAAGUCCAUGUGAUAGGCAGGGAUGGGAGCGCGAUAGGGGUGAUGGACCUAGAGGAAGCCAAGGCUCAGGCGAAGGCAGCAUCUUUGGAUUUGGUGUUAGUGAAUGCCAAUAAGCAGCCCCCUGUAUGCCGAAUUGCGAGGAAGAGUGACUUGGAAGCGCAGAUUGUUGACAAGCUCAAACAGAAGGAAGUUCUGAAGGAGAAGCAACAGACUGACCUCUACAGCUUUGACCCAUCGUUGAAGAUAAAGUAUAUGCGGUAUAACUGCAGGAUAGCCCUCCCUGACUUCCAGAGAUACAUCCUCCACCAUCGAGAGCUCCUUCUGAAGAAGCAUCGAACUGAAGCCGUGAUUAUGAAGGGGAAAGCUGAAGAGGAAGAAAUGAGGCAAAUGGUUGUGCGUGUUAUUGCUGAGCUGAAGGAUAUUGCCAAGCCUGUGAAUCUACCACUCCCGGCACAGGCUUUCGAGCAACCAUCUGUUAACGUUCUCAUCUGGCCAUGUACUCCAGAGCAAGCGGCGACGUUUAAGAUACCGAAGAUUGCAUUUGCAGCGAGUGACGAGAUGUGGAAUCAGCAGAGGGCCAAGGAGGAGGCCCAGCGUGACCCUCGGAACAGGAGGGCCAGGCAGGACCCCAAGAUGAAGGACGUCUCGACGGCUCAAGUCACACUCGAUGACGGGCCCUCUGAUGAGGUCUGUGAGGAUGGAGGGCAGCGACCCUUGACGGGAUGGUACCCACUUGGACAUGCCAUCUUUGAUCAGUCCUGGACGGGGGAAGUAUCUUCACUGGAAAAGCUGUCGUCGCAUGAGUUCUGGAUCGAGGUUCAGCCUGGAGGAACUCCUGUUAAAGUCUCUAUGCCGGAGCUCCUCUCGUCACCGUUGACGUUCGAAUACUUGAGAGAACAGUACGGCUCAGAGGUGAUCCGAACGGAGGUUAGGAAUGAGGAUAGAUUGACUGACUAUUGUGACCGAGAGGGAGUGUCGUGCACUGCUGAAGUAGUGCCUCCCGGAUGGUGGAUGAUGAUGAGGUCCACCUCGGGCAUGUCUACAGUGGCUGAGGCGAUCGACGAGAUGAGGAGCGGUGGAGAUGUAUAUAUAAUCUCCCAAGUGUCGGGGAGCCGGCAGUGGAUAGUGUGGGAAAUGCGGAGGGAGAGAGAUAAGAUACCUAUGUGGUCGGGGCACUAUCAUUCCCCUGUGGAGGUGGUGGGCUCAGAUGACAGUCCUGUUCACGGUGAGAGAGUUGAUAUUGGAAAAUGGCCCGAGUUUGUCAAAGCCCGAUGGUCCAAUACGACCCUCCAGCCUGGUGAGUGUCUCUUCAUUCCGAAGCACCACGCCCUUCACUAUGUGCGUGGUUUUGGAGAGGAGAACAUUGCAUAUUCACUUCUCUUUGACACCCACGGCGCUGAAGCCUCGUUGCUACCGAUGGAAGCUGGGCCUGCCAUACCUCUCAGCGAAUUCGAUGUGCUUUGGCCCUUCCCUGGUGACCCUCUCGAGGACGGCUACGGUGAGGUUACUAUGGGCAUGCCUGACUGGAAGGUUGCCUUAGCCCUACCUGCUGUCACAAUGGCUGUCGAGGCCACCUCCAAGAAUUGGUUCACCCCGCUAGAGUUGGCUACUAUCACACGCGAGUACCUAAGGCGGAGCGACUUCCGUCCCCUUGCUGAAUCUCGUAUAUCGCUGAUCAAAUGCAGUGUAAUCAAUCUACAUGCACGCAUCAUAGAGUACAUUGUACUCGAUUCAUUCACAGUGAAAAUGUCCGGCACUGCCUUCUCCCCGGAUGAGGUCAGAGGUAUGAUGCAGUUGUUCGAGACAGCGGAGGAUGGUGGGGAUAGGAGGACUGUGGGGCCGAGUAACGCCGCGCCGAAUCAGAAGGUAAGCAUAAAGGGUGCAGCUCAAGUAAGGAGGGAGCAGCAGGCCAAGGAGGAGGAGGCCAAGGCCAAACAGGAUGCGAUAUGGGAUGGGGAUGACUUCAAGAAACACUCGGGCAUUGCUAUCCCGGAGACAGUUUCUAAUGGAGAUACCAAAGAAGACCCUCGUCCAGCACCGGAAUAUGAGGUGUUGUAUAGGCAGGAGGUAUCUGCCAACGAUAUGUUCCUCAAUUUACAGGACACUGACCCUAGCUCGGACAGGUGUACUGAUAUCACUGUGAAGAUCUACCUCCCCAACACUCAGUUGAAGGACAUUUCUUUGGACGUACUGAAAGAGCGGAUCAUGUUACAAGCACCAAAGUAUAGGCUGUCUUUGCCGUUGCCGUAUGCGGUGGAUGAGGAGAAGGGCAAUGCUAAGACGAAAUCGGGUGUCCAAUACAGUCUUUCUACUGAGGGAAAAUCAGUACCCAAGACAAGAUCAGUCGCGGUGAAACGGAUACUCAACGCUUUCCAGUCAAAUAUUGUCAUAACGAGUCCCUCUACUAUGGACAAAGAUAUUUACCUCGUCACUGAGUAUGUAGACACUGACCUUGCCUCAACCAUCAAGGCUGGAAGCUUGUCCCCUCUCCAUAAGGCCUAUGUGGUGUGGCAACUAUUGCGGGCAAUUAAAUACGUCCACUCUGCGAACGUGGUGCAUCGCGAUAUAAAACCACAAAACAUCCUUAUUAAUGCUAAUUGUGAGCUGAGAAUAUGCGAUUUCGGCCUGGCUCGACACGUGCUUCCUCUGAGCUUUGACCCGGCUUUGCAUCCGUUACCUAGAGGUAUGUCAGUGGAGCAUGUGAUGUUGAUGUCCGAGGAAGGGGACUAUCUUCACAUGACCGAUUAUGUAUCCAGUAGAUGGUACAGAGCACCCGAGCAACUCCUUAAGGCCACCAAUUAUAGCAAGGGUGUUGACAUCUGGGCAUGCGGUUGUGUCGUAGCCGAGGUCCUGACUGGUCGCCCUCUCUUCCCCGGCACGUCUGUACUAGAGCAGCUAUGGAUGAUACUUGAGUUCACUGGACUGCCCUCGAUGACGAUAUUGAGCAAUAUUAACACGGUGUAUGGAGAGCAGCUGCUUCAAGGCAUCCCUCAACAGCACAGUACGGUCCAUGUACCGUCAAUAGUCCCUCAAGGCAAUGUCGAGAGUUUAGACCUCAUCGAGACUAUGCUACAAUUCAACCCGGACUUCCGAAUCACCGCGGAAGAGGCCCUCGAGCAUCCCUACGUGGCAGCAUUCCACAGCCCUGAUGAAGAAUUUGCUGAUUCUCCGGGUGAAGCAAUGUGUUUGGAUGACAAUCUCCUCAUGACAGUUCAUGACUACCGCGAUGCCAUCUAUGGUGGUUUGCUUGCUCAUAAACGUGUCGUUCAAAGGCUCCAACUUGCCGCCGCUGAAAGGAGGGAGAAGGCUCAAGCCGCAAUAGAUCGUGAGGAACCCAACAGACCACCGACGACUAUGUCCAGGGUAGGCUUGAGCUAA